AUGAAUCUGCUACAGGUGGAAAAUGAGGAUAACGGUGUGUUGUGUAUGAAAAUCCUCAACAACUUGCACCGUGCUUACAAGGCACAACUGCUGGAUCAGGUUCGACCAUUCCUCGACUUGGUAGUUCAAAUUUACAAAAACAUUCCUCAGGUUGUAAUCGACUUGUUUGGUAGUGAUAAUGCUAGCAAUACGAAUACGACAAAUGCUUCAGCAGGAACUCCUACCUCAUUUCAAUCUCCAAAACCACUAUCACCGACCACUGGAGCCGAUUUGGGUGUUGAGGCUAGUUCAAGACCCUUGCAAAAGGCCAUGUUCAGUUUCAAGGUCUUAACCGAAUGCCCAAUUAUUAUUGUUCUCCUCUAUUCUGCCCAUAAGCAGUUGGUCAAUGAAUCGCUACCGGUAUUUAUUCCUCACAUCAUAGAAAUGUUGGGUUUGCAGGCUGCUCCACAAGCCAAAGAGCACGCAGCCGCUGCUGCUAAAGGUGAGGUGUAUACAUCCAUUUCACCCCAGAUUAAAAACCGUACUGCUUAUGGCGAAUUUAUUGUUGCUCAAGUCAAGACAAUGUCUUUUUUGGCCUAUGCUUUGAGAGGAUUCUCUUCUUCGUUGAAACAGUACCAUAAAGUAAUCCCAGACUUUAUUGUAAGAUUAUUGGAAGACUGCCCUUGUGAGCUUUCUGCUGCUAGAAAGGAAUUGCUCGUGGCAACUCGUCAUAUUUUGAACACUGAUUUCAGAACAAUCUUCAUUCCGAAAGUCGACAUUUUGCUUAAUGAAAAGGUUUUGAUCGGCGAGGGUCUGACUGUUCACGAGACUCUAAGGCCUCUAGCAUAUAGUACUAUGGCCGACUUGGUUCAUCAUGUACGAUCAGAGCUUACCAGUGAGCAAAUCUGGAAAACAGUGCGGGUGUACUGUAGAAAUAUGCAGGACAAUACCCUGGCCACCAGUUUCCAGAUCAUGAGCGCUAAGCUGCUGCUCAAUCUUGUCGAGCGUAUCAUGAAAUUGCCUGAUAGUGAAGAGGGUCGCCAGAUAAUGGUAUUGAUUCUCAAUGCGUUUGUAGAGCGGUUCUCUUCGUUGAAUAGAAGCUAUGCUGGAUAUAUGAAGAAGGACCGUGAGACUAAGGAGCGUCUUGAUCAGGAGAAGGAAGCCGAGAAGGUGAAAGAGAAAGAAACUGAGAGUCAAGGCAAAGCAUCAGACGAACAACCUGAUAGUGAUGCUAUGGAUGUGGAUGGACCUGAAUCUGAAAAUCAGGACAAAUCUGAUAUCGCAGAGAAAACAGACAAAUCUGAAGGUGAUGCGGAAGUGCCGUCAGAUUCUACGGAUGUUGAAACCGAGGAUUUUAAUUAUUUCGAGAUCCAGUCGUACUCAGUUAUCAAAAUCCAUCCAGACAACGACAAUAACGAAUUGAAGGAUGCCAAGUAUAUUUUUAAGAACCUCAUGAACUUUUUAAAGACAGUAAUGUUUGGCCUGAAGAGCUGUAACCCACCUCCACCAAACCAGAACUUUACACCUGCUCUUUGGCAGGAAUCUGCUCGGAUGUUCAACUACGAACAAAUUACAAUUUUCCGGAGAUUAUUCAGAGAGGGCAUCUCGGGUCAUCUUUUCUUUGCAUCCAAGACGAAUAAUCCUGGUUAUGGUGAUGAGUCAAGCAAGGAGGGCCUUGAUCUUAGUGGCCCCAGUUUGCCAAUCAUUAGUUCGAAAGACGAAAAGGACUUGAUGGAAGCAUUUGCCACUGUGUUUAUUCAUAUUGACCCUGCUUCAUUCAAUGAGAUUGUUGAUGCUGAGCUGCCUUUCUUGUAUGAGUCCAUGUUUGCCAAUCCUGCAUUGCUCCAUAUACCUCAGUUUUUCCUCGCCAGUGAAGCUACAUCCGCCAAUUUCUCGGGCCUGCUGAUAUCGUUCUUGAAGAGCAAACUCCCCGAACUAGGUGAUGGCAACGCUGUUAAAGCCAAUAUCCUGAUAAGACUAUUCAAACUUUGCUUUAUGGCUGUAAAUUUGUUCCCAGCUGCCAAUGAGACCGUCAUCCUGCCCCAUCUGAAGGAUUUGAUUAUCAAGUCAAUGGAGUAUACUACUACCGCAAAAGAGCCGGUUGUAUAUUUCCACCUUCUUAGAACUUUGUUUAGAAGUAUUGGUGGUGGCAGAUUUGAGCUCCUCUAUAAAGAAGUAUUGCCAUUACUUCAUGUUUUAUUGGAAUCGCUCAACAAACUUCUGGCAACCGCGCGUAAACCUCAAGAAAGAGAUAUAUAUGUUCUCUUGUGCUUGACUGUUCCAGUCCGCUUGAGUUUUUUGGUACCUCAUCUCAACUACCUGAUGAGACCAUUAGUACUUGCAUUGAAUGGUUCACAAGAGUUGGUGAGCCAGGGUCUUCGAACUUUGGAACUUUGUGUGGAUAACUUGACCGCUGCAUAUUUUGAUCCUAUUAUCGAGCCAGUGAUUGGUGAGGUUAUGGCCGCGCUAUGGAAACAUCUGCGACCUUUGCCUUACUAUCACCAACACAGUCAUACUACCUUGCGCGUCUUGGGCAAGUUGGGAGGACGGAACCGGUCGUUUUUGACGGCACCAAACAAUCUCCAGGCAACAUCUGUUCUUGAUCAGGAUGCUAGUGUUCUUGUUUCUUUUGAUGGUAUCCCAUCUGAGAAGCCUGUGAAGAUCACCCCUGGUGUCGAGUGUGCCUUGUCGGUAUUGGAGGACUUGAGAAUCCCAUCUCAUUACCGCAUCAAAGCAUUUGAAUACUUGUCUGGUGUGUUGAAGUUGUUUAUCAAUACUUCUGAGGUACCAGAUGACCUGGCGGCUCGUAUUAAAGCCUGUGUCGAUGUUAUUAUUAAUCCAGAAUUCCCUGAGAAAGUUGACCAACCUCUUCCUGAUGGUACUUCUAAGGACUAUGGCAAAAGACGGCUCCAGAAUCAACUGGUCGAGAAGCUACUCGAAGCAGUAUUCUUUGCUACUUCUAUCCCUGAGGUCAAGGAUGAUGCAUUGGCACUAAUCAAGAAUUUGUGCGAACAUAACACUGUUGUCGAGUUAGGUGAUUUCGUUCUUGAGAAACGUAAGGUGCUCCGUCCAUUUGAGCUUGAGGAAAAUGAAGGUAUUCCAUAUAUCGAUCCUCGUUCGCUGCUUUCGGUUAUCAUAUACGCCCUGUCUCAUUAUAACCCAGUUGUAAAGGAGACAGGAAAGCAAGCCAUCCACUAUAUUUACGACGCAGGCGUUAUCUUUUUUGGAUCUAGAGAUGAGGUUCACAGAUUCCCUAUGUUUAGAUCUUUGUUUGGCAAGCUUUCUCAUACCUGUUUUGAGGAGCAGUAUUUCCGCAAGGCCGGUGCAUGUCUUGGUUUAAAGACCCUGAUUCAGGACCUAGGCAUGCCAGUAUCGUGGAUUUCCAGUCGUCAAGUUGAAUUUGCUCGUACAAUGUUUUUCGUUCUUAAAGAUGUUCCGACUGACGUACCAAGUAAUGUUCGUAAAGAUGCUAGCAGCUUGCUGUUCUAUGUCCUUGGUGAAUGUAAUAAGAACUUAACUCCUGAGCAACUGGCUGACCGUCCGUUUAGACAACUGUCCGGAUUAUUGGCAUAUGAGCUUGGUACAGCCAAUUUUGCAGUGCGUGAAGCUUCCAAAGAGGCAUUGGGAAUUCUUGCUAAGGUGACUAAUAAGUCAGUCACUGAGAUUCUUCGCCAAGUAACAAACAUAUUUUUGGGCCCAAUUUUUGGCAAGCCUUUGCGUGCGUUACCAUUCCCUAUGCAGAUUGGUUAUAUUGAUUGUAUCUCCUUUUGUCUCAGUUUACCAGAGCCUCUAUUAGAGUUCAACGAGGAGUUGACCCGAUUAUUGCUGGAGGCACUGGCAUUGGUUGAUGCUGAGGAUGAAUCACUUACCAGUGCUCAUAGAGUAUUUGAAUAUAACACUUCAGAACAGUUGGUUCAACUUCGAAUUGUCUGUAUUCAAUUGUUAUCAUUGGCUUUAACAACCUCUGACCAGCUGUCAGUACAGCAACCUCAAACUAGAAACAAGAUUAUUGCAGUUUUCUUCAAGACUCUGUACUCUCGCUCUAGCAAGGUUGUUGAUGCUGCUCACUUGGGAUUGAAAAAGGUUCUUGCUCAAAACUCUAAGAUUCCAAAGGAUCUUUUGCAAAAUGGUCUAAGACCUAUAUUGAUGAACCUCUCUGAUCACAAGAGACUGACAGCUCCAGGAUUAGAAGGACUAGCAAGAUUGCUGGAACUGUUAACUUAUUACUUCAAGGUCGAGAUUGGUAAGAAAUUGCUAGAUCAUUUGAAAGCAUGGGCUGAACCUAGUCAGCUUCAUCAGAAUUCUGUAAAAACUCUUUCCAGCCAGCAAAACAUUCAGAUUAUAGUGGCAAUUUUCAAUGUUUUCCACUUACUUCCACCUACUGCUCAUAUGUUUAUGAACGAUUUAAUCGUGAACUUGUUUGAUUUGGAAAAGAGCCUUCGUCGUCAACAUGAGUCACCCUUCAGAGACCCUAUUGCAAAGUUUUUGAAUAGAUAUCCCAAGGAAACCUUGGAUUACUUUUUGCCUAAGCUUUCUGAAAGCACCUAUGGAAGAUUUUUUGCAUCGAUUCUGAAUAACCAACAUUGUGCUGAUCUUCGUAAGUUCGCAAGGGAGAACAUAGAUACUGUGAGGUCGGCAAUUGCCGGUGAAGCCCCUCCUGAAGCUAAGAGUGUCGGCAUUUGCAAUUUUACCUACACGAUGAGAGCACUUGCUAAAGAUGAUCCUUCAUGGAUUGUUGGGCAAAAGCAAUACGUAAACGACAUCUGUUCUAGCGUGGGAGAUUUGUUGAAGACCUCCACUGCUUCACUGAUGUCGCCUUUAUAUUUGCAGGUUGACCAGGCAAUUGAGGAAUUGCAACUGCUUAUCGUCGUUUAUAUGGAGCAGGUAGAGAAAGACGAAGAGAUGAUUUUCUCGGUUAUUAAUAUCCUAAACUCGUCCAAUGCUACUAUUAGCUAUGCAUUCCGUGAUUACAUUUUCAAUAGCGUGGUUGUUUCAACUGAGGUCGAGAAAAGACGACUGUAUUUGAUGAAGAGUAUCGAUAUGAUCAGUAACCGUGCUGUUUGUAUUGCUGCACGCACUUUCGUUGUCAAAAACAUUAUUAAUCCUAUCUUAAUUGUGGAAGGUAGACGAAACGGCGAUCUGUCGAAUUUACUUGAAAAAUGUACAGGUACUGCCAGAGGUAACAGCUGGUUAGAUGCAGUUCACGCCAAGAUCUGGCGUCCUAGCUCUUCCUCCUCUGAAGAUGGUGAGGGAGUUGGCACCAUUGAUCAUUUCAGAUUUGAACUCCUUCAAAUGUCGGCUUUACUUAUUAAGUUGGCUCCUUUGCUGGUUGCUGAUGCUCGCAAAGAUAUCAUCAAGUUUGGCUGGAACUAUAUCAAAUUGGAGGAUAUUGUUAGUAAGCAGUCUGCUUAUGUUUUGAUUGCUUAUUUCAUCUCGUCUUAUGACACUUUGUCUAAGAUUGUCAUUCAGAUAUAUGUUGCUCUUUUGAAGACUCAUCAGAAUGAAGCCAAGAGCUUAGUCAAACAAGCAUUGGAUCUCCUUGCCCCGGUCUUGGUCAAGCGUGUGAACUCUCCACUUUGGGCCAAGUGGCCUCGUCGUGUUUUGAGUGAAGAUGGUCACAAUGUCAGCCAAGUUAUCAACAUUUAUCAAUUCAUUGUCAGACAACCAGAGUUAUUCUUUGAAUUCCGUGAUCACUUUGUCCCCAGCAUUAUUUCCGUAAUGCCAAAAUUAAGUUUCCUAUCCAACUCGUCUUCAGAAAACCAAACACUAGCUGUGGACUUGGCCGAGUUGAUUCUGAAGUGGGAGAAUAUGGCUGAAGCACUACCAAAGCCUUCAGACGCUGAAAAAGUUGAAAAGGAUGAAAAGGCAGAAGAUGGAAAAGAUGCAGACAAAGUGGAGACCAUUCCUCAGGCAUAUUUUGUUCCCUUUACCCAGCGUGAAGCAUGCAUCACUUAUUUAAUCAGGUUUGUGUGUCUUUCGCCUCAUAAGGUCAUUGAGAAUCCUCUUGGAAAGCGUAUUCUGUCGAUUUUGAGUGAACUGUUGAGCACCAAACACUGGCCUGAGGUGGUCGUUAAACUGUCAUUUUUUGAGCGUAGUUUGGUUCAAAAUGAGCUUACUGCCCCUAAUGCUAUUGCAUUCUGUUUGAAUGCAUUGGAGGUAAUCAAAGUGACUUUAGAGCGCCGUGACUCUAAGUGGAUCUUAUCCAACUUGCACCGCUUAGAGCGUUUACUAGAAAAAUGUGUUCGUUCGAAUAAUACUGGUAAGUUUUAA